GGAUCGAAGCGUCCUCUAUAAAGUGAUUGUGGAGCAAAAACAAUAAAAACUACGAACGUGUAUCCGAAUCCGAACGUCAUUAUUUCGUCAUGUUCCAUUUUCCGUCGUAGUAGCUAGCGAAGGAGAAUUUUGCUAUUAUUUAUUCCAUUCAUUGCGCACGCGUUUCCGUAGCGUAUCGGUUGUUUGUCCGCGAAACUUUUCUAUUCUUAUCAAAAAAUGCUUUCGCGCAGAUCGUAGCUGUGAAACAAACAGUAAAACAUUAACAAUAUUUUAUCGCGGUUGACCUUAGUGUAGUGAAUUCCAAACAAAAUGAGUGCCAAUAAAGGUUUUCAAACAAAAAUUCCCGAUGACGACAACUCGGACUCUGGUUUUCUGUCGGGGCCUAUCGACAGGUUGCCCGGAGACCCAGAAGAGUCACAGGAGGAGUCGAAAGAAUCAGUGGGAGCUAGUGAUAGUGGGAAUGUGAAGUGUGAUAAUGAGCAGCGUGGUGACCUCGACAGUGGGCUGGACCUGUGCAUGUCGGAGUGCCUGCAGUCGCUGCGAGUGAGCGACACGCCUGCGCCCUUGCCGCUGGAAGGGGCCGACAUCCCACCGCUCGCCUUCCUCUUCCAGCAGGAUGAUGAUGGUGAUACACAGUUACACAUCUCGGCAGUACACGGGUGCCAGAAGUCAGUGAGCACACUCAUUAGGGUAUGUCCAGACAAAUACUGGCUGGACCUCCCGAAUGACUAUGGCCACACAGCGUUGCACCUGGCGGUGAUGAGCGGGCAUGCGGUGGUAGCACGGAUGCUGGUGCAAGCCGGAGCGUCGCUAGGCCUCAGAGACCUCAGAGGAGACACCCCCAUCCACGCAGCCACCAGAGCCAAGAACGUCGAAUGCCUACAAGCACUCCUCGCACCUAUAGACAGUCACAGACUCACAAAGAACCUAGCAUCAAUAUUAAAUUUGAAGAAUUAUGGAGGACAAACGUGCGUUCACUUGGCAGCGACAACAGGACAUCUUCCCACCUUGCAAACACUCGUCUACUAUGGAGUCGACAUCAAUGCUAGAGAGGGCCUGGGCGGGUGGACGGCGCUGCACAUCGCGGCGCGGCGCGGCGACGUGCGCCUGGCGCAGCACCUGCUGGAGCGCUGCGCCGGCGUGGCGCCGCGCGCGAGGGACUACGCGGGCCGCACGCCGCGCCGCCUGGCGGCCAGGCACCCCGCCUUCGCGGCCCGCGACGCCCAGCGCCUGUUCGCGCCCUCCGCCGAGGACAGCGACACCGACAGCGACGACGAUGACGAGUACGAUAGUGAGGACCCGGAGUCGUUAUUCGACAAGAUCCGCGGCAGCAUGGCGACCGCCGUGGUCUCCAACUAACUGCCACCAGGCGGCCCGCCGGUCAGCCGACCACGAUCACGGCCGACCACGGCGGACCGCCCAGGCAACCUGGGCGAUACAAUAAACGACUGUUGAAGAGACACUCCGCCCCGCACCGCGAGGUACCUUACCCCACCCCCGAUUUGCGUACCCACUCCAGUCCGUAUCACGUAACGCACGCGCGGAUUAUCUGUCUCGCUCGGUCGGUACACUCAGUUGCGCGUGUAUAAAAAGAUUUUUGAAUGGAGUGUCCGAAGUUCGACAAUGUUCAGGCGCCUGGGCGGUCCGCCACAUCAUGUAAUAAAACCACAAAAUCCAUCAACAAUUGUAUAAGUAAAUAAGAGGCAUAUACUUGUGAUGUGUUAAAACUACUGAGUAAUGUGAAAUUGAAAAUGAGUCUAAAUGUUGCAUAAAUUUACUCAAAUUUGACCUUUUCGAUAAAAUAUGACCGCAAGAGAGAUAAGACAAAUGUUUGUUUAACUAAGAUGUUUUUUUAACAAUCUUUCUUGGAUUGAGAAUGUUUGGAAGAACAGAAGUCAUAUUAAUGUAGAAAUAAAUCCGAGUUGAAAGAGAGUAAAAUGUACCUAUAUCAGAUCAGUAGGAAGUGUUGGUAUUUGGUAGUUUGUGUCAUGUCUUCCUUUCCGAUAACUUGUAUGUAUAAUACGAAUUGUUUUUGAUGAAUUUAAUUCAUUUUGUAAUGCCUGAAUAGGCUGGCAUAAAACCUUACAAGAUUUGUCUAAGACGCGUCAGUUUGUUGAAAUGAUUGAAAUCAAAUUAGCCUUAUAGUGAAAAACCAUGUUCGUGUGUUUUAACGAAACCUCACAAUAGACCCGCUAGUGACAAUUCAAGUAGAAAAAAUUAGUCUGUAUUUUAUUAAUUGAAUUAAAUCGAGGUUUUGUCGAAGAAAAUUACAUCAGAAUGUGUGUUUUCGAAAAGGCGCUUACUAGGUUUUCACUAUGAAGCGAGGAUAUACAAGUAAAUCCAUGUUUUAUCAAUACAAGUACAUUCAGAAAACUAAAUAAUCCCUUUGUGAUGUCAUUCGUCACAAAAGGCGCGUCUUCGUGUGACAAGCAAGUUAUUCGCACAUUCAUUCAUUUUGUAGGCCUGUUGGUAUUUAUUUGAUGUCAGAUAUGUUGUAUAAUCGUCUAUGAAGAAUAUAUUACAAAGAUGUAAACAGAUCGUUUGUAUAGUGUGGAUAAUAUUGGUGCUACGCAACAUUGCCCAGCGUUUACAAAGAUACGCAAAAGCUAAAAAGUUUAUCGUUUAAUCGCAGGGUUUAAAACUUUUUAUUGGAAUUAUUGGGAUAAUAUUUGUAAAACAAAGCGCACAGGCAGUCUCUAUGGGUUUUGAAGAGUAAACUUUCGGUCUCAAGUGCCUGUCUUGCUCCAACUUUCUGCUGAAAGCAGUAGUUAAGACAUCAGAAACAUGUUUUCUGUAAAAUUAUUGUAUAAAUGAGACAAUAUUUGUAAUUUAGUAUGUAUUUAUGUAUUUGUUCAGUCUCGCGACGAGGGCGGGCGUCAACGUUAUAUACAUCUCUUUUCAACUUUAUUGAUGUGUGAAAGAGAUGGGUGUAUACUUCUGACGUCGUCGUGCGGUGCGAGACAUGUGAAUGACCAAUCGGAACUGUGUUUCCUUGUUGUGUAAUAAUUAACAGAACUACGUCACGCCAAGUUAAGAGGGAAUGUGACUGAGGUUGAAAUGUGUUUGCCUGUUGACACUCCUCGCACUGCGGCGCACGUGGUUGUAUGUAUCCGUUAUUUAAUGUAUGUAUUUAAGGUAAAUAGUUUCGUUACAAAUUCGGAUUAUUUUAUAAGUAAAACUUACUAUAUUUUAUGUAUUGUUGUCAGGUUAAAAUCUAUUCAGUAUACAUGUAUGUAAUUUGAA